AUGCCUGAUCCCGCCAAGUCUGCACCAGCCCCCAAGAAGGGCUCCAAGAAAGCCGUGACCAAGACUCAGAAGAAGGACGGCAAGAAGCGGAGGAAGACCAGGAAGGAAAGCUAUGCCAUCUACGUGUACAAGGUGCUCAAGCAGGUCCACCCUGACACCGGCAUCUCCUCCAAGGCCAUGGGCAUCAUGAACUCCUUUGUGAACGAUAUCUUCGAGCGCAUCGCAGGAGAAGCCUCCCGCCUGGCUCACUACAACAAGCGCUCCACCAUCACCUCCCGGGAGAUCCAGACCGCCGUGCGCCUGCUGCUGCCUGGAGAGCUGGCCAAGCACGCCGUGUCCGAGGGCACCAAGGCCGUCACCAAGUACACCAGCGCCAAGUAACCUGCUCCGCCUCCUGCUGUCACCCCAAAGGCUCUUCUAAGAGCCGCCACAUUGUCUAUGAUAGAGCUGUUCCCACCGUAUUUCUUUCUAUAUGUGGCCAAU